GAAGGUUUGUGAUAGUGUUCGCAGGAGUCAGAGAAAGCUUUUUGAUUAUAUAUAUUUUUCUGUUGACCAAAAAAAAAAAGAUUAUUAAGUGAAGAAGAAGCAAAUCGGAGCUAUGGCGGAGGAAGAGAACGGGAGCCUAGCGAAACCAAGAGCCAAGAAAGACGUUGCUGCAGGGAGGUUGAUCGAUACCUAUGCGGCACAAUGCGAAAACUGUCACCAGUGGAGAGUCAUUGAUAGCCAGGAGGAGUACGAGGAUAUCAGAAGUCGUAUGAUCGACGACCCUUUUACCUGCGACAAGAAGAAACAAGUCUCUUGCGAAGAGCCUGCAGAUCUUGACUAUGACUCCUCUCGUACCUGGGUCAUCGACAAGCCUGGUCUCCCCAAAACUCCCAAAGGUUUCAAGAGGAGCCUUGUCCUCCGCAAAGACUACUCUAAGAUGGAUACUUACUACUUCACUCCCACCGGUAAAAAGCUUAGGAGCCGCAACGAAGUCGCUUCCUACGUCGAAGCCAAUCCUGAGUUCAAGGGUGCGCCUCUUGAAGACUUCUCUUUCACUGUCCCCAAGGUGAUGGAGGACACCUUUCCUCCUGAUCCUAAGGUUGCCUCUCCUCCUGUUGCUGCUAAGGUUGUGUCUCCUGUUUCUACACCUUGUGAUGAUGUUUCAGACAAGAGCACCAAAUCCAAGCAAAUCAAAGGAAAAUUCAAGCUUGAAGAAGAGACCAUCCUCUCUGGUUCUCCACACGUUUCUCCUGCUCCCUAGUCUUAAUGCAUUGCUGAGUUUGUUUGUAGAUUUGUUUUUUUUCUUUUUUGGUCUCAGACUGUUAUGAUGUGUCUACUAAGUUGGAUAUUUAUUUUUACUUUCUUGCAAAGAAGCUGAUUCGCCUCA